AUGUCGAUCUCAUGGAUUUAUUUUAUUUCGUCAGAAAUCGUUAACGUCGUGACAAUGUUUGGUGUCAUCUCCCAGAUUUCUCAUGAGGUACUCGGUUUGACGAUUUUGGCAUGGAGUAAUAGUAUUGGUGAUCUGAUCGCUGAUAUCGCUGUUGUAAAACAAGGGUAUCCACGAAUGGCCAUAUCCGCAUCGAUAGGUGGACCACUUUUCAAUUUACUGAUUGGUUUCGGACUACCGUUUCUCAUUGCCAAAGCCAAAGGAAGGACAGUGACGAUAGACUUCAAUCCAACGUACAAAAUGCUCGUGCUCUUUCUUGGCAUCUCAUUGACGACUACCUUAAUUGGUAAGCUUCUCAGAGCGUGA